AUGGUUAUCAAGAAUUUUGGCUACAAAAGCAAAUCCCUUUGUUGUACUCUGGAUUGUGAGCGGCUAGGGUCACUACGAACGCACACGGUUCGAGAAGGAAAUAGAACCUUCCGAUAUCUCACUGUCGAAACUUGGAAGGUUCUACAUGUAGUUCCUCCUCGAACUGUAUGCGCUCGUAGCAACACUAGCCCUCUAGCGAAUAUAUUUGUGACGGUUAUAACGAUAUAUAAGUUAAGUACCAGAUCGGAUCUUAAAAUUGACCUCAUUGCUCCCGUGUCGAUCGUAAUUGAACAUUCUUGUAAACCAACUAUGCCAUCCAACCGAAGCAUUUUGGCGCACCAUAAUCCUAACUCCUCUGUUGUAGAACAAUAUUUUAACAAGAGCAUUUUUCACAAAUAUGGCACUCGCUUUGCUGACUCGAAUUGGCCACGAAGGCUCUUGGAGCACUGUUACUUUAAAAAAAAGAAAAAAUACUCUCCAAUUACUGUAAGUUCCAAACAACCUGGGUCCUUCAAGUUAUUUGCAGCUCCCUUGCCUCCCAAAAAAAUUGUUUUUGGGGUAGGCAAAUUGAAAAGCUCCGUCAAAGAAGAGAUCCUAGAACAUCUGGAAACUAUUGGACUGACCGCAGCAGAAUGCGUACCAGUCUUUAAAUUCUCUCCCACUCGUCCUCAAUCUUCAACCAGUGAUCCAUCAACAAAAUUUCACAUAACUAUUUUUAAACAUCAGGAGAUGAUUUUUACCAAUCCUGAAAAUUGGCUUAUCGGCGUGGAAAUUUACCCUUGGUGGUUUCAUGCUUUACCACAGCACACGAUGAAACCCACUACAACUUCACUACCAAAUCAUUAUCCUGUCGACCGUUCAAGUGUUAAUAAACCAUCGCUGGUCAACUCACAUCGGCAUGUAGAAAACACAGUUGAGGUAGCUUCCAUUUUAACUUCUUCGGAAGAAUCCACUCAGCCAGUCGAGUCAGUCAUGAUGGGCCCCUCCCAGCUGGUCGAACCACAUAAACAACAACAAGCCUCAUCGACGAUGGGUCCUCCCUCCGAUGUCAAUUCAAUUCUGCGACAUCAAUAA